UACGCCUGACAGGUUGGCUGGGCGCCCCAACCAACCUAUCAGGCCUCUAACAAGUACGAGGCGCCCAGACUGUACUCUUUUGGGGUCUUCUUCGCCUCAUCUCCUAGCUUCCUAUACCAUCCUGAGUUGGGCCUUGCGGACCAACCCGCGGACCGGGCCCAUGAUGUACUUUCUUCUUCCUUAUUGGGCGCCUUGGGCCCAUCUUUGCAACACCCGCAACAACUUCAUUUAGGAAAAGUCUCAUAGAGCCAAAUAGUUUUUUAACGUGAUUUACGAUUAUCAAUCCAUUCGUAAUUAGAAUUUCCUAAUCCAUUGAUGAAAACUAAUCCUAAGCCAACCAGGAUUUUAAAUUAAACAUGGGCGCUUUUAUGAUCCUACUAAGAACAUGGAUUCCAUGUCCAAACAAUGGAAAUCCCCUUCACUAUGUCACAUAAGGCAUAGUAUCCAAAUCCUCGAAAGAAACCUAGUCCAACAAAGAUUGCUAGUUAUAUGGAUUCCAUUCCACUAUUAUAGCGGUUCAUCCCAACAUUAAUUUUGUAUUAAAUUCGUUUAACAUAUAUUCAACAGUUAAGCUCAAUAGUAAAAAUCACUUGUUAUUUUCAUCCUCUUCUCGCUCUAAAUCCUCACUUCGCCGAUAACAUAUCACUAGAUAGCACAUCUUGAUCUUGGGCAGCCGCCAUGUAAGUCUAAAAAAGAGGAAGAAGCGGGGAGAAAAAGGGUCUAUGCUGCACUCAAACGUGGGUAGUGUAGGGUUUCUGGAAGGGGAAGGGAGAUCCAGAGUUGAGCAGCCGCCAGGCAAUCGUCGGAGGGAGACCGAGCCAUUCACCAUCGAAUCAUAUUAUAAAACUUGGGCAGCCGCCAAGCCAAUCGCCAGAGGGAGAAUACGGGUUGGGUAAUUGGAGAAAGCGGGUGCAGAAUAGUCACGGUGUACCCUACCUUCUUUUACUGAACCCCUUAAGUAAACUGGCCAAUUAAUAUAUCUAAUUCUCAAAUCAAUAAUGUGCAUCGCCCCUUUAUCAUGUAGCUAGUAAAUGGGUCACCCACCAUGGUGACAAUCAUAUCAAAUCAAACACACCAUCUCAAUCUCCAUUUCCACCAAUUAAAACCAAUAGCAUUGAAGAAUCAAGAAAGUGACCAAUAUUAUAAAUAAAGUUUCCUUUCCAACCAACCUCUUUAUCAUUUGUUGGGUUGGUCCAACUCAUAUGGUGGUUGGAUUAACUGAUUUGAGUUUGAGUUUUGGUUCGUUUCUAGAAGAUCCUCUAUUUUCAAAAUAGAGAGUUAUUGUCUACUCAAAAGUAAAAAGAGGUGACAGCCUUUCAUUUUUUGAGAGAGAGAUAGAGAAUCAGAAAAGAGAAGAGAUAAGGAAAAAGAGAGAAGAGAGAAAGAACUGCAGUUUUUUCGUUUCUACAGCAGGGCAGCUUGUUCAAGUGAGCGUUCUGGAAAAUUGAACCGUUGGAUCGUCCUGAAAUUUGGACAGUGGAUUCGCAAAUAACUGGGCUUCAAUCUGACCGGAGGGAUCGUCGUUUGGAGCUCUAGUUUGUCGGGAAUAGCUGCUGGACAGAAGGUGUACGAAUAUGUUUUUUGGUAUCUCUAAACCUCUCUUUGCCUUGCUCUUGUUCUUGUUAUCCACCAUGUUGGUGAGAGCUAUUGUGGUUGAUUGUUGAUCCAAGAAGGGUGUCCUUGAGGUGCCUAGGUAAGCAAAGCUUUACCUAGGAAACUUACUGCGGUGCAAUGCGAGGAUUUAGCGUCAGGAUUCACAAUUAAGUAAUAUGGAUCUUCUAGGGAAAGUCUAUUGAGUCUCAGGCAAAUAAAAUAGGUACGGAGCCUAAUCUUUUAUGGCAUUAGAGAUUGUAUUGGUGCAUCUUAACUUCAACAGCUUAGUGAAGUUAAGUAAGACAGACUUGGUUAGGGUUCUACCUCAUUUAUCACCGCACUCCUCAAGGUGCGAAAGCCACUCGAGCAAAGCGAGAGGAGCGAAGGGUGUAUGCUAGGCAAGCAAGACCGUACCCCUCUUCCAAAAGAAUGCAAGUGACGAGCAUCAAGGCCUUUGGAACUGAUUCAUACCGAUCUCUGUGGACCCAUGGCAGUUACCUGCAUUCGGCGAGGUUAGAAUAUGCUCGACUGUAAGGCGAGGAACAAAGUAGCUCGACUGAAAGGAGAGGGGGAGAGUUCGCAUAUAGAAACUGAGAGGGAGAAGGGCGAAGGGCGAAGGGAGUAAGGGAAAAUGCUUUCAUGCCAGUACGGUACCAAGACCUUGAUUCAACUAGUAGCUCAGGUACCAAUUGCUAUCAUUACCCUAGAUGUCAAAGCCGGUAAACCAAUCUAUAACUCUUUCCAGGUCUACCGAACCGGCUCUGAGGAAGCAAUUCGUCCCUAGCCAUCCGACUAUCCAAUUCCAUUUUUAUUCAUCUCCCCCAAGAUCCCAACACACCUCUUUAUGCAUCUACUUGGCACCUAUCGAACUCCAUCGAAUCUCAUUGAAAAAGCAGGUAGGGGACCAGAUAUCGAAUCAGAAGAGGGCUUUUGAACGUAUUUAUUUGAUUUGAUCCCCACCUCAUUCUAUAUUAUUUUUCUCUUCUGGAAUAGCAUUUAACGACAAGUCAAGACUCUUCCUUUUGCCCGAAGCAGGAAACCUACUCCUACUUUGGGAACAAGGAAGAAGCUGGUUCGGGCUGAGCCCAUCUUUCUUGGUUGGCUAUUCUCUCUUUCUGGGAUUCUAUCAAAGAGCUUAUUCUUGCAACCUCAAACUCUUUCUUCCCGGCCAUAUAUUUUAUAGGCCACAGAACAGGGGCGGGCGCUUUCUUCUUGUUCUUGCGUGACAUCUGGUUAAGCUCCGGAUAAUUCUGCAAUGGAAUGCUGCUAUUUCUGAGAAGACAGACAAGGACGGGAAAGGCGGAGAAAGGUAGAGCACAACUAUCAUGCUUUUUCAGAAAGAAUCCCGCAUAAGCUUCCGAAAGAAGUAAGAAGUAAUGCAAUUGGUUGACCCAACAAGGUAACGGAGAGGAAAGACCCCUACCCCUAACUUCUCUGUCCUGUGUCGAAGCUUUCAGGUCCUUAGAUCGGGUCAAGCUUUCUUGUUCUCGUGUCACUACAGGUCCCAGGGAUGGGACUUUCAGGCCAAGUGCAGAUUCGUCGAAAUCGAAAGCUAAAGGUAGUUUUCCGAGUAAAGAGAUAACACUAGUAGCAACCGAUAUGGGAAAUCCCUUAAUAGUUUAGCCUCUCUUCAUCCUUCGUCUUCUCUUGUGUCCACACCAGCUGCUUAUGACUUUCUUUCUUCGUCCGAAAAGCGGCAUUAGUUGGCAAAUAGGCCUUUCCCUUCAUCAUCCUUUCUCUCCCAGUUGAAAUAGUUUUUAGAUUCCCCAUCAAUCGCAGCAGCAAUAGCUGGGUCAAUCUACUCCCGCUGGUAAGCUAUAGUCAAAGAAUUCGGAUUUAUCUUUCACCACCUACUCCCAGAUCUGUAAAUGCCACUGCCGGUGCCAAUGCUUUCGGUCUACUCAAGCCUUUGUCUGGGUUGGCUCUUGGUGAUAGGCAACCAGGGGAAGUCAAGUCAGGUCAUCGACCGAUCCUUUCAAAGAUUAGCAUCCCCCUCCCUAACAAGGCAUUCAAACACAGAAAACAUGCAGGGGAUGAAAUGAUUAAGCCUCUUCUUAGACCAUGUAUUCUUCCUCCGAUUCUGGACAUGGAGAUCCUAUUUCUGAUUCACCUCUUCGAGGAAGUUCAAGAAUAUCUGAUUCAAUUAGCAGAUCAGAUGCGGCAUUAGUUAGAAAAUUCCCAAUAAUGCUUCGAUGCAUGAAUCCCAUUCCUAUAAGAAAUAGUAAGAAGCUGGGCUACCUUGACGCAUUACCUUUUCUUUUUCUGGAUUUUGCGAGCAACAAGCUGCAAGCCGACGCCGACAAGAAUCUGGCCGAAAGCACCCAGUCUGCCAAGGAACGAGGAUACUGCGCUGAUUGCUCCUGCAAUCGCUCCGGCAAAAGCGGAAAUAAAGCCCAUUAUCUCACCUGAGAUGCUUUCAAGACACGUGUGACAGGCUGCACGGUUAAUCCGCGCUUUGCCUUGCAGACAAAGCCGUCAAUCGAAAAGACACCGGCGCUUAUCUUCUCAUUUUCCUCAAUCACACCUCCUAUUCUAUUUCAUCUGUCUUCUCUUCAAAGCUAGCCGAGUCUCAUUUGUCAAGGACGACUGCAGACAGAAAGAAUUACGUAUAAUAAGAAGGUACGAAGUCACUCGACUGUAGGGGAGAGGAAGAGCCGACUGAGAAGAUUCCGAGGUAGGAAGUGACUCGACUGGUUGGAGAGGAGAGAAAGCAUAAUCUGCUUUCAAUCUCUUCAAUCUAAGGAAUAUACACCCUGGGGAAGAACUUCCAGUCUUGAAGUAAGAGAGAGUGCUUUAGCUCCUGCUCGACCGAAGGUUUAUUAUGAGCCCGAAGGGCGAAGGAACGAAGUAGUGAGCCCGAAGGGCGAAGGAACGAAGUUGCUCGACUGAAAGGAGAGGAGGGGAAUAUGUGAGCCCGAAGGGCGAAGUAAGAAGGAUUUUUUUUUUAAUCUCAAUAAAGAUCUUUAUUUCAAUGAGGUGAUCAUAGCAUCGAUAGCUCUGCCUUGCAAACAAGUAGCAUUUAGGCCUGAGAAAGAUAGAAAGGUCUUUCUUUUGGUCAACAAUUUGGAGAGUUUUUACACAUUAGACCGGGAAAAGACAGGGGAAAAAAAAAGUCACAUCUAAGCGCAUAUGGCACGAAAAGGAAAUCCGAUUUCGGUCAGACUCUUUCAGAAUCGUAGUUCAGAUUCAAGUCGGUUCAGUGAGGGCGACCGUGAAAGUCACCGAAUGGGUCAGUCUUUUCCUUCAGUUUGUCCUAUAUUAAAAAACAAAAGCGUGGGAGGACGUUGCAGAUGUCGGGGACGGACACGACUUCUUCUAAUGCUAGAAGACCACUGGAAAACACCCGGGACCAGAGCAUGUCGUGAAAGAAGCACACUGGGCGGGCGUGCUUCGACCGUGUCUCCGGGGCACAGUUGAAUGUAGAUAUCAUGAACGCGAGGUGCAGGAUACCAGGCCGAGAAACCCGGGCAACCACCCCCUAUGUGCCGAUCGCUAGCGCAUCUAGGGCCCCGGCGCCUAGCUCAGCUGGAGAAGCCUAGCCUGAUCUGAGAAGUGCUAAUUCGGUUUGGAUAGACUUCAUUCAAGAACGCCGCCGCCCCUGGAAUCAAUAAGAAAACAAGUGCUAAGUUUCAGAUCAGUGAAUAAACCGAAACGAAAGAAGAGACGUUUCUCGCUCGGCGCCUAAAGCGCACUAUGCUCCGCUUCAACAAAUGAGAGUUUUCGGUGGAACCGGUGAACCACGCGAGCUGGUUAGAUGCGUGGGACAGAGGGCUCAUAGUACCUGCUAGCGCGGCUACGCAGUGGAAGGGAAGGAGCCUAAAUCGACCCCUUCUUUUUUUUUCAAAGAAAAAGAGCAGUACAAACUCUCGGAUGAGACUAAGCAGCCACCGACCGUUCCGACACGCCCCUGACCUAUCUUGAUUAAGACCGAAAACCUAUAGAAAAUGGAGCCUAGUUUAAGCUGUCAAACAAAUGAUAGAAUGGAAAAUAAAGAAUAACCCACUAGUAGGGAAGGGGUAUGGAUGGAGUCUCGCUCAGUAAAGAGAGUUGUAGAUUCGUAGAAAAGGAGAAGAGCCUUUACUUUCUAUUUUUUUUAUAAAGCGCUAACGCGCCCCUGCAAUCUUUCUAAAGUAACAAGCGCGAAACGUCGACUUUGAGAAAGAAGGUGUUGCCGCUUUAUUAGUAAGUAAGCUUCUUUCAUAUCAGGGCUUUUAGAAGGAUAUAAAUUAUUUCAAAAUAA